AAUGUAAACGAAAGUUCGAGUCGACAACCUCUUUUACCUACGUAAAAUUAAUUGCUAUGUUCGUAACUUCCUACCUCUAACAAGCCAGAAUGUCUUCAAAUCUUCAUACCGAACAGAUACGCAACCUGGAAGAUCUAGUGCAAAGAGUAAGCAAGGAUCUUUCACUUUCGCAGGAUUGCAAGAGGAAAGCCCAGGAACAAUAUAAAAUACUGAAAUCAAACGGUGCACCAAGGUUAAAGGAAGCGUAUAAGGAACUAGAGGAUGUUGUUAAAAAGGCUGAAAACUAUGACAUCGCUGGUUUUAGAGAAGCACGUGUAGAGUUUGAGAGUUUGCUGCAAAACAGACUUGGUCAAGAGCAACAAGAGGGACCCAAAACUUUCGCUCAAACUUUACCGUUGGGACAUUCAGCACAGAAGCAAGAGUUUUCAAAGACCUUUAAAGGACCAGUGAGUACCAAGUCUGCAGACGACAAUCACCAGAAGAGAUCAAGUUCUCCUGCUCGAGCAGACGGCACGAUCACAGUGUCUGCUCUAGAGUAUAAACGAUUGGUGGAAUCUGAGAAGAUGAACAAGGCAAAAGUAGAAGAACUGACAACAAGACUGAGUAGUUAUGUCAGUAAACAGCUUAAGGAUGGUAACCCGAAUAUAGCUGAUUUAAGUGACAAGAAUCGUCCGACAAAACUUGGAGAGAAGUUCGAACAGUUGUAUGACAAUGAAUGGUCGGAUGCGUACGAAAUUCUGAAAAGUACCAUUAAGGAUGAAGAUAAAGUCGUCAAGACCUUGGUCGAUAUUACGCAGAAAGUGCACGAGUUUUGUUGCAACUUUGCUCCACAACAAAUUGAAAGGUUGGAGUCAUAUUUUAUGAAUCCGAUGCAGGACAUUAAAUGUAAAGAUUACGUCUUGCACGUUCAUAGAAAUUCUGAGGAUAAUACAGCAUUUUUUGAGCUGUCAAAGUAUAUGAAAGACUGUAGAAAGUCUUGUGCAACAGCAUCGAUCCCUGCUUUGCAAGUGAUGUUUAAAGAUUUUAUUUACAAAGAACACUUCCCCAACAAAAAACCAGAAAUUCCACUAGAAAUCUUCAUAGACAAGUGUGUAGAAUUCAUUUGGCUAAUGUCUGUUCAGGACCCCCCUAUGGAUUUAAGGUACCCCAUCAUGGGGGAAAAGUUUGACACUUCCUCUUUUAAACACUUCAGGAAGAAAGGAACCAUAGUCCAGCAGUGUGUUUGGCCAGCAGUGUAUCUACACAAGGAUGGACCCGUUGUUUCCAAGGGCUUUGCCCUUCCUCAAUAAUUCUUUCAGUUUUUUGCAUUUUAACAUUAUAAAAAAAAUAGCACUGUUUCCAAGGUCUUCAAAGAUUCAUGGAUGAAAUCCACAUAUUUUUGCCUUUUAAGUUUGGCAAACGA